AUGGACUAUUUUCAUCAACCAAAUGAAUUUUCGGAUGUGAAGAUCUCGUUCAAAAAUGAAUCUGAUGUGAUUCUCUAUGCGAACAAAGCUAUUCUAUCGGAAGCGUCACCGAUCAUAAAAGCAUUUUUAGCUAUCGAACCCGAUAGUACCUUCAUUAUUGAUGAAGAUGACGAACAAUCCAGUAUAACAUCGACCGAUAUGAUUGAAUUAUUAAAAUUCAUCUAUCCACAAUUUACAAUUAAAAUAACCGAACACAACAUUAAUGGUUUAAUCCAUUUAUCGGAAAAGUACCUGAUUGAAACACUUCGAAAUGAAUGUAAAAAGUACAUUCACACAUGGUUAAACGACCUGGAACUGACAACCGUCGAUGACAAGAAAGAAUGUGUACCGAGGCAUAUUCUUUAUAAAGAUGGAACACGCAAGCACAUUGCAUCGGAAAUAGGCACAUUAUGUACUUGGCUUCAUGAAUAUUUAUCACGUGACGAAACACUCUCGUCGUCGAUUCUCAAUAUUCUCAAACAUGCCUCGACCGAAGACCUUGAGCGAAACGAAAUCUUCUUGCAAAUGAUCGAUCGUGAAAAAACGCAUAUAUAUAAGGUGAUCAGUGAAUAUUUGGAAUAUCAAACAAGUCCUGACAAAGACUCGUCAAGAGUUAUUCAUCAUAAACAAUCUAGUUCGUUGAUGUUUGCGUCCGGCGACAAUUGA